AUGGCGGCUCAGGCAAACCCCGCGAGCGCGGGUGCCCCGCCUCCCAAGCUUGAAGUAUGGGAGCUGUCACAGCCACACACCUUCGUGACGCCAAGGAAAUGCAUCAAUGAGGGCUCAGACGUGGCUCGCUUUCUGGUGUCAAAGGCCUAUCGCGACAUCGGCCUGUUUCUGAUGCAACUCAAUCGCGCCAUGUGUCCACGCAAAUCAACAGGACCUGACGGCAAAGACAAAUUCACGACUUUCCAGAUUGGAUCAGACUAUGAAAAAGACCCAGCACAGUCGGUGCGCCGCCUUCAGGCCAUGCUGGAAAAGAUAAACUCGUUCAUCGACCAAGCUCCUCCAGAUCAGGGACCUCGCCGCUUCGGCAAUGUCAGCUUCCGCAAAUGGUAUGGCCUUCUCGAAGAGCAUCAUGCAGAACUAUUGCGCGGAAUACUCCCCGAACAGCUGCAAGCGUACGGUACAUCCGACUCUGGUUCUCAACCUCCCGCAGUUGCUGAGUUGUCGGCAUACCUUCUCGGUGGCUUCGGCAGCGCGCAGCGUCUUGACUACGGGACUGGCCAUGAGCUGAGCUUCUUUGCGUUCCUGGGUGGUCUUUGGAAGCUUGGCUAUUUCGAGGACGGCAGGCAGAACGGCGACAUCGAGCGCAAUAUCGUCCUUGGUGUGAUAGAGCCAUAUCUCAGAGUAGUGCGGCGACUAGUCCUUACCUACACUCUCGAGCCGGCAGGCUCCCACGGCGUCUGGGGCCUCGACGACCACUCAUUCAUCCCAUACAUAUUCGGCUCAGCACAGUUGACUCGAGCCAUCGCCGAAGAUGAGCCCAUGCCGCUCGAGGGAUCACUCGUCCGAGCCACCAAGCCAAGCUUCAUUGUCAAGCCCGAGUAUGUGGAAGAGGAGAGAAAACGAAACAUGUACUUCUCAGCAGUCGGCUUCAUCAACGACGUCAAGAAGGGGCCCUUUUGGGAGCACAGCCCAAUCCUGUUCGACGUGUCCGGCAUCAAAGAUGGAUGGGGCAAGAUCAACAAGGGGAUGGUCAAAAUGUUCAACGCUGAGGUUCUGUCCAAGUUCCCUGUGGUUCAGCAUUUCCCUUUUGGAUCGCUAUUCUCAUGGGACAUAGACCCCAGCGCGCCGCCUCCUCAGCAAUCUAUGCAUAUGGCGAACCAGCCUUCCACUCAAGGCUCCAUGAUGCCGCCCUCGCCUAUGGUGGGCGGCGCUGGUAUGGCAGCACCAUGGGCAGACGGUGGCAGCACGAGCAUGCCUCCGCCGCCGCCGCCCGGAGCAAGGGUUGCCUGGGGCCCUUCGCAUCCCGCCGCCCGGCCUCCACCACCAUCAAAUGCCGGACAGGUAGAUCGUGGCGGUAUGCCUUCGUCAAAGAAUGCCCCGUGGAUGCGGUCCAGUGACCGACCCAGUGGUUGA